AUGGGCAAGCGCAAUCUUGAUGAGACCAUGAACGAGUCGGCAGUUUCAGAGAUCGCCGAAGACGUCGCGGCCCUGACCACCGAGAAAGAUGAGUAUCAAGCACUUUGCGAGCUGGUAAACCCAAUCGCCCAACCACUAGCCAACCGCAAACUGGCAAAGAAGGUGUACAAGCUCAUCAAGAAGGCAGCUGCCGGCGAGAAAACUCUUCGCGAGGGUAUCAAAGAUGUCCAGAAGGAGCUGCGCAAAAACGAGAAAGGAAUCUGCAUUCUUGCAGGAAACGUUUCCCCGAUCGACGUCUACUCGCACAUCCCAGCGAUCUGUGAAGAAAAGGAAAUCCCAUAUGUGUACAUUCCAUCUCGCGAACAGCUCGGACUAGCCGUCGGUCAUCGUCGUCCAUCCAUUCUGAUCUUCGUCAAGCCAAGCGCUGACUUCCAGGAGCUCUACGACGAGGUCGCCGAGACUCUCCACCAUCUCACUGUUGAUGCUGCCUAA